UUUAUAUACAUGCUGGCUGUUUUUUCAAACCGCUCAGCGGCCUUCGUUUCUAUCGCGGUCUCAUUACCUGCAUACUAUUCUACCAGCGCUUGCUGAUAAAAACACGAUUCUCCUGUGCUAAUGGCCACAACACCGGACUUCUUGCAAAAUGAAUAUGUUGACCAUGCCUGGAAGGACAUUCCAGCAGGUUUAUCCACACCCCACUCAACUCAUACAUUUGAAGAGCUACCACAGAAAAAUAGACAGACAAGAAAAGUUAGACGGUUUGGAAGCAUGGUACUUCCACGCUGUGCUACUAUCAUUUUUCAUGUUGCUGCAAAUCUCGUUCUUUCUAUUCGGGAUUGCUCUUUCGGCCUUCGUAUGGAGUCAGCAAGGAGCUACAGCAAUCGCUGUUAUCGUAUUGAUGGCGUUUGGCUUGUUUUUUUACUUAUUCAUUGUUGUCGCCUCCUUGAAAUACUCGCAAUGUCCCUUUCAAACGCCUGCUUCAGCAUUCCUUCGCUUCAUUUGGGAGUGCCUCCGAGUCCGAGUCGCGGGCUGGAAAGGGAGCAAGGUGUAUUCGUCACACGACGCUGGGAAGCUGGGGGAGAGUCAGGAGAGUCAAGAGACGCUCUCCGUGGCACGUUCGAUGAGGUGGAUUUUCAACACUUCCGCAGAUCCAGAGGUGAUCACUUCGGCUGCUUGGCUGCUGCCAACCAUCAAAUGGGCCCCUGAGGUGAACAUGCCAGCUGCAUGCUCACGGUUGUUGCACACUUUCACGGCAUGCUUUCAUGUUAAUGCCCUGCUCAGUCAUUUGGCACGCCAAAGAGCUCUUGCGUGCGGGAGAGCCUUGCACCAUCUCAUAUGCAAUGAAACUAUCGAGACCGUCAUUCCCUCGGAUUUCAUGCGCUUUGAUGAUUGGUCUGAUUGGCGUCAUCUCAGUCUUCCCUGGGGACUUGAGAGGUGUAAAGAAUAUUUUGUCCAGUACACCACAACUCUCGAAACAGAUUAUAAAGACAAUGCACGCCUUGCCUUGCAACUCGCUAUCGUGACGGGUUGCGAAGGGUUUUUGAAGCCAACCGAUGUUGCAUUAGUCUGGGACGGUGUUUUUGACUGGAAGGACGACCGGCGUACUACGGAAGACUUUGAUUGGCUUGUGGAUUUCCUUGUACACUUCCGGAAGUCCGCAGGGAGGGACUUCGAUGCCAUGGGAGAUGCACUGCUCGCAUUGAGUGCCAUGCGGGGUAUGGGAAGUGUCACCAGACGAGACAAUCACCUUGAUGCCAUCCUCUUCGCCGUGGAACCAGAUAAACCUAAACCGUCCCGGCUUCGUCACGCAGCCCUUCGAGCAAUGUUCGGUGCCCGUUUUGAACUAGUCAAUAUAGUUGACCAGGAGAAGGGAGAAUUUCGGGACAAGUUGUUAAAGGAACUCGCCCCAGCUUUAUUCACUGCAGCCAAACCCAUCGCGCCACAGCGAUAUGACGAUGAUCCAGAUGCUCUCUUUAAUUCCAGACGUGAUGGCUGCUAUCUACAGCUAAUUUUCACUCUGGCAAAGCAAAGUGAUUGGAGUGCCUAUUUAAGGAGAGCCGGUCACAUGGAGCGAUGCACAUCUUUGCUAGACCACGUCAUCAAGAAUUCAAACUCGAUGUCAUCUGCAUCUCAUCCUUAUUAUUUAGCGGGCGCAUUGAUACGAAUGAACGCCCCGGGAAGCUAUGGAAGUCCUGGCUUCGCGCGCAACAUGACCGAGCUGGAAUGGUGGGAGCUGCUUAAAGCAGCGUGGUCGGCGAUGUAUUGGAAUCAUCUCCACCGCGAGGACGAAAUAGUUGAGGCACUGCCCGACAUAGUCACGUACACCCUUGAUCUCCUGAAAACACCAACUGCUAGAUAUGAUGCAGCUAGCCUCGCUCGAUGGGUGGAUCGAAUCUACAAGGGUCUGAGGGAGGAUGAAGCGAAACCGGGUAUCCUUUCUGCGGUGAAAUUUUUACGGGAUGCACUGAGUGGCAAGGUAGCAUAGUUCAUAGUUGAGUAUCGCUUAGGGCAGACCAUAUAUGUACCAUAGAUCGUUAGUCGAAAGCCUAGGUAUUUCUCUGAGCAAAAAAGGAAUAUAACGUGC